UGGUCCGCUUUGGUCACGCGGUCAACGAACAGAUGUCUAAUGUACAACACAUGUAGCACUAGUGUCACCGGUUCUCUGAGAGCUACACGGCUUCAUCUUUAGCUUUAACGUUAUACCGUAAGUGGACCUUAAUGAAACCGGGGGAAGAGACGUUACAACACCAGGAAUUACUGUACAACUUUGCUUAAAACAGCUUCAGGAAAACUGACUUUGAAGCUAACGUUAAUUAGCUUAGAUAGCAUAGCAAGUGCUUUUUUUUUUUACCAUCGCUGCUCAGUGACUAAGGUUCAACUUUAGUCGGGUUGCUGCUCGUGCUGGCUGGUUAUCUGGUUCCGCCUUCUUGUGUUGGUCAUUCUGUAACGUUAGCCACCAGUCAUCGGGAACCUAGUCAUGAAGAGCCUUCCGUACUUCUGCCGUGGAGAGGUCAUUCGAGGCUUCGGGAGAGGAAGCAAGGAACUGGGAAUUCCCACAGCCAACUUUCCAGACUCAGUGGUGGACAACCUUCCAGCAGAUAUCAGCACAGGGAUCUACUAUGGUUGGGCAUGUGUGGGCAAUGGUGACAUCUACAAAAUGGUGAUGAGCAUUGGCUGGAACCCUUACUACAAAAAUACCAAGAAGUCCAUGGAGACCCACGUGAUUCACAAAUUCAAAGAGGACUUUUACGGGGAGAUUCUCAGUGUUGUCAUGGUGGGAUACAUCCGUCCAGAGAGAACCUACGACACACUUGAAGACCUCAUUGCUGCCAUUAACAAAGACAUUGAGGAGGCCAAGGUCAAGCUGGAGCUCCCAGACAAUCUCAAACUGAGAAAUGAUAACUUCUUCACCAGUGCACCAACCCUGCCCACCACCACAGCAGUUGUGUCACAUACUGUUAUAAAUGGUCACUGACAGCAAUACUGAGCGCACACUCGGACACCACAACAAUGCAGAAAUUUUCCAUAUGAACACAGGUUUGUUAACUUGUCCUUAUCAAAAUGCACAGCCUUGUUGGGAGAUGUUUUAGCUGCGGCCACUGCUGUGCAUAGACAACCAAUCUUUUGUUUUGUCAACCAGUCUCUUUCUUUGGCAGUGUUUGUUUAAAGAGCUAUUUGACUUCAUCAGCCAGUUAUUUAACAGAUUAUGUUAAUUUGUAUAUAUUCACACCAUAUUGCCUCAUCUACCAUUUUAAUUGUAAGAAGCUUUUGGGUCUCACUGGUCCUGCUGUAUUUUUGGAGUGAAGGUAGCUAGAUCGUAGGAUGAGGGUGACCAGAAAAUACAAGUAAUCUUCAUUCAUUUAUUCAUUUUCUACCGCUUAGUCACCGUGCUGUCCAGAAGUAAUCUUUUUUUUACUAAUUUGUAUAUAAAGAACCACAAAAAUAUAGACCAUAAACUGAAUCCAUCAAUCCAUCCAUUUUCCUCCGCUUAUCCGGAACCGGGUCGCGGGGGCAGCAGUCUAAGCAAAGAUGCCCAG